AUGGAUAUCCGCGAACUCAUCUCCGAGCCCUUUGGGCCCUACAUGGACGAGCAGUUUCUCACAGAUGCGUGCAAGACGACCCCAAGCAGGAUCUUGAGCUUGAAAGGCCUGAUGCUCGAAUGCCGAGGGAAACCUACAGGUUUGACUGAAUUGGAGCCGCUUAAUAUUGAGUCCCGCCCGACAGACCCCGUCCGUUUCAGAGGCGUCCUCGAAAUCGGCAACCUCUCGUGGAUCACGGCCGAGGGGCAAAAGCAGCUCCAGGAUAGCAUCCGCCGCAAAUGGGGCAAGAAGAACAAGGGCACUGCGCCAUGUCCGUCAUUGAGUCUCAUCUACAAGUCGCCGAUCGCAAGAGGCGACAAAGUGCGAGUGUGGAUACAAGGUUACAAGAAUAUGUCUGCUGGCUAUCUUACAUCUGACCUUGUCCCAAUGGGUCUCAUGUUGACGACGAGAGACCGGAACCGGCACUACGAAGUCCUCAGCAUGGACAUCGAGACCUACACCCGAAGCGAACUCUACCUCGACCGCUACCGCCUGCUCAAUACCAUGACGCAUAUAGCCUUGCAAGACCCCUCCGUUCCCCCUGCGAAGCGCGACAUCACCUUCUUCGUCAAAGGCUACUUCCAGCACUGCGCCUACCCCGAGCACGCCAAGACGCAGCGCCUCCUCUGCAAGGCGCGCGACAAGGACCUCAUCGACCCCGCGCAGGGCCUCCUCCGCCGCCCGCGCCUGCUGCGCCAGGUCCACCGCGCAGAGGUGUACGCCGCGUUUGCGGAGCACGCUGAGUGGAUCCGCGACGAGCAGCGCGCGCGGCAGAAGCAGCGGCGGAUCAUCGAUCUGGACGUGUGGAAUGCGUUUAUCAAGGACGCGAAGCUCCAGCGGGUCAAGGCAAGUAGGCACGGAGUGCAGUGGGGCGUACCCGCUGGGUACUAUGCCAGUGACGCCGAAGAGGACCAGGAAGACGAGGAGGAAGAAGUUGAGAUGGAAGUGAAUCCGCCCCGGCAGCAUAGCUCAAGCCCAGAAAUACAACCCGAGCCUUCCGGACGAACGAAACGGAGCGCACCCUCCGCCCUGCCCCUCGUGAGGCCAAAUGCCAGGCCCCGACUCAGCAAACCCCGCCCAAACCACGGCGACAUCUACGACUCUGACUUCUCCCAGCCCUCCUCUCCAAGCUCCAGCGCCUCCGCCUCGUCCCUCUCCUCGCCCGACCCCGACAUCCUCGACUCGUACCCACCCUGGGGUCUCGAGCGGGCCCGCAUCGGCGCUGACCUCAUCUGGACGUGCCCUCAGGGUUGCGGGUUCCAGCUCAACAUGGUGGAAGAGGGCCGCAUGCGCGGCCUGUUCAACACGAGCCGCCCGUCGCCGAACUACGUGAGGGGCGAGCUGGAUAUUGGUAAGCUACAGGCGCUGCUGGAGAUGUUAGUGCACAGGCACUGGAUGAUACACCUCGACGAGAAGGGCUUGGAGUAUGUCGAGACACCCAAGGGGUAUAUCAUCCGGCGGCAAGCAGGGUAUACAUCUUGGUGA